AUGGACUAUGAGCUCAGGCCAAAUACUUGGGCCGAUCCAGCUGAUGAAGUUAAAGCAGUUCGUAAAGUGAGGACCCCUAAGUCUGCAAAGUCCGCAAAGUCUGGCAGGUCUGGCAAAUCAACAACUUCCAGAGCUACUAGCAUCAGUGAAGUAGACUCCGAUACUUUUCUCUCUCGUGCCCCCACUGUCAGUGGUGAAUGGAGAGAGGCUUCUAGGCCUGAAACUCGAGCCUCGAGGACUACCAUUGAUGGCACAAUCGCAGGCCAGUCAACUGUUUCUUUCCAUUCUCCACGGGAGAGGCCAAGCGGUGCCUCACCCAUCUUCGAGGCUAAUGGCCCAGGACGCUCAAAUUUAUCUCUCCGUUCUUCAAUUGAUAGACCCCACACCCGAGCCUCAAAUAUCACCGAAGCUAGCUCAAGGCAUUCAACUUUGUCUUUUCGUACCGCACCUGAUACUCCACAAGAUAGGCCUGUAACCAGGAUAUUUUACGGGAAUACCAGUCAUACACAGUCGACUCCAUCUCUGUUUACUGCAGAUGAGAGAGCUACAGCCUGUCCACCCGUUCGGAACACAGUUUCCAGGCCUCCUAUCUCUUGGGUAACAAAUGUCCCUCCUAGUGUUAACCACUACCCACUAGAGAAUAGGACUGCAAAAGUGGCCCCUCGACCUCUGGAGGUCAGGUUAAAUAUCGCCUUGGGCCACCAAGGCCACAAAGUCAAGUGA